CGAGUUGCGAAGCGUGUGCUUGUGCUUGCCUCUCGUCGGUUUGUUUGUGUGCGUUGAGGUGCAGUUCGUUUGGAAAUGUGUAAUACGUGCAUCGCAGAAUCGGAAUCGCGUAUGUAGAGCGAGUAAACAAGCAAGCGCGGUGUGUUUAUCUUGCGACGUCAAAUGGGACAAAAACAGCUGAUUUGCGACGAGGGAGAAAAGUGUGGACUCGUCCUUCCUCUGGCAGGUCGUGCGGACUUAUAUGUGAGGAUGGCGACCGCCGCUGACCAUCGCCUCGCCAGUCAAGCAGCUGCCACGGAGGAGGGCACGCGCACGCUCUUCUCGCUCCCGUCUACCUCAGCUUUACAAGUUACCUGAGAGGCACUCGUGAUCGUGAGAGACAUCUUCCCGUGGCCCGUCAUUUAUAACCCUUAUCCGGGUUAUCUGUUUCGUUUCUCUUCUCCCGUGGACGAAAGAGGGUUGAGAAAGUUUGUGAUAGCUUCGGUGCUAGCUUUGAGUAGGAGAUUUGUCUGUCUGUCGUCUGCCUCGUCCCCGCAAGAUGUCCGGCUACUCGAGGAGGCAGUGGGUCACCCUCGUGACCUUCAGCGUCGCCCAGUUCUUCAACGCGGUGUGCGUGUCCCUGCAGGCGCCCUUCUACCCGGCGGAGGCUGAGCGAAAGGGCGCCACGGCCACGCAGUACGGCCUGGUCUUCGGCAUCUUCGAGCUGACGGUGUUCCUGGUGAGCCCCAUCUACGGCAAGUUCCUCAACCGCUGGGGCGCCAAGCUGAUCAACAACGCCGGCAUCCUCACGGUGUCCAUCAUGUGCAUCCUCUUCGGCCUGCUGGAUCGGGUCGAGGACACCAGCACCUUCAUCGGCCUCUCCUUCGCCAUCAGGAUCGUGGAGGCGUGUGGCAAUGCCGCCUUCGUCACCUCCGCCUUCAGCAUCAUCGCCAAGGAGUUCCCCAAGAACGUCGGGUCGGCGUUCGCGACCAUGGAGACGUUCUUCGGCCUCGGGCUCAUCGCGGGCCCGACGGUGGGCGGGGCGCUCUACGAGGUCGGCGGCUACUACUUGCCCUUCGUCGUGUGCGGCUGCGUGCUGCUCUGCGCCGCCGUCGUCACUUGCUGCCUCCUGCCGAAGGAGGACUCGGAGGGCAGCGGCGACUCCGGGAGCAGCGGCGGACAGCUGCUGGCCGCGCUGCGCCUCCCCAGCAUCAUGCUGGCCGCCUUCGCCAUCAUGGCCGCCUCCUUCAGCAUCGGCUUCCUGCAGGCCACGCUGGAGCCCCACCUGCGGCCGCUGAAGCUGUCGCCCCUGCAGAUGGGGCUCAUGUUCGUGCUCAACGGCGCCACGUACGCCCUCUCGGCGCCGUGCUGGGGCUGGCUCUGCGACAAGAAGCUGUCUCCGCGGGGCGUGACCGCCUUCGGAGCCGUCGUCGUCGUGGUGGCCUUCACCUUCGUCGGCCCGAUGCCCUUCCUGCCCCUGGACACGUCGCUUCCCCUCUGCAUCGCCUCCCUCGUCGUCCACGGCAUCGGCUUCGGGGCGGAGCUGGUGGCCACCUUCAGCGGCGCCCACCGCGACGCCAUCGCCCACGGCUUCCCCGACGACCUCAGCACCUACGGCCUCGUCUCCGGGAUCUGGACGUCCACCUUCGCCCUCGGGUGCUUCGCCGGGCCCUCCAUCGGGGGCGUCCUGCUCGACAACAUCGGGUUCAAGUGGGCGACGGUGGUGGUGGCGGUGCUGCACGCGCUGGUCGCCCUCGUCACGGCGCUCUUCGUGUGCACGGGCAUCGGCAGGACGCCCGCGCCGCCCCUCGGCGUCAACGGCUCGCUCUCCAAGGCGGAGGAGGAGAAGCGGCGUCUGCUCGGCAGCCAGGAGGGCGACGUCGACUCGACCUACGGCAGCGCAGGCUCGUCCCAAGAGUACCAGCCCAUCUAGUUCGCGCGGAGCCGUCGGGCGACACGGACCACUACUGAAGGGCAGGAGGCAAGCAGGGGAAGGAACUUGGCUUGGAGGAUCAGCAGGAGUUUGCCUGCUGGAUUACCUCUGCUCGUGCGGGUCACGUGGAGAUAAGGAGCAGCUGUUCUUUGGUGCUGUGAUAGGGCGAACGGCAGCAUCCUGGGGAAAGACAACCCUGUAUUGUGGUGACCUGUUCUGAACUUGCCUUCCUGGUUUCUUGCAUAAGGGUAUUUAGGCGACUGUACGUUUUUAUUGAAGCCAAUGUCAUAUACCCUCGUUUAUGACCUUUACGUGACCUUGCCUGGUCAAGUCCGAUGAAAGAAAGGAUUGGUUAAAGUAAAUCGACCCUUACCUCAGGUCGCACGAGAGACUGUGAGUCGAUAUUCCUGACCCGAAACUUGGGAUUGACUCUUGACCCAGCCUUAAGCUUUCUACCUGACCGUUUUAGAAGCUUUGGUGCUCGAGAGGUUGUCAAAAAUAGACAAAUAGGUUUCCUUUUUGUCACGUGGGUUAAUAACGUUUGAUAACGUGUACAAUUUACAUUUUAGGUUGUGUGAAAGUAAGCUAAGUUCAUCAAAGUUGUGUACAUGCUCAUAAAUGCUGUGAAAGGGUUACAGUUCACUUAGAUUCUUCUAAUUUUGUUAUUUUUCCAUUGUUUUUUAUUUUUUUUAUUUAUUUAUUUUAUUUAUUUAUUUGUGGCUUUCAUUAUCAUUAUAUUUUUGUGGCCGUUAAUACCAUUAAUUCCUAUUUACACAAGUAAAUAGGAAUCUAUUAUUUUAUAUUUAGUGAUAGAAUAUGGUGCAUUUAUUUAUUGAUUUGCUUGUUUAUUUAUUAUUAUAUUAAUGGCUAUAUAUUCAGUUUCAUUCACUCAUUGAAAACCUGUGAUAUGCAACAUAAGUCAUAUUUGACGUAUGGAGAUAUAGCAUUUAGUAUGGUAUAUAAUUUUCAGUGAUAUACUUGUUAUUUUCGUACUUUUUCGUACACAUUUCAUCCCAUGAUGUAGUUUUGCGAACUACGUCUUGUCUGUAUAGAUACAUUAUUGAUGUAUUUUUUUGUUAAUAAAAGAAAAAUGGAAAA